UUUCUCUGAAAAAACGACCAUUCAAUUCAUCAAAGUUUCAUAGCAAUAUCUCUCUGUUUCUCUCACUCACUCAGUCACUCACUCACUGUGAGCUUCACCUUCAUCAUGGCCACCGACAGCUACAAAAUCUUCAACUGCUUCAACAGGAAGUUCACCAUCACUGAACCGGGCCCACCGUCCGACGUCAAACAAGCCUUUUCCGACUUCACCGCCGGCGCCUCCUCCAUGUCCUCCGAUCACCUCCGCCGCUUCCUGACGGAGCACCAGGCCGAAAUGGACUGCACCCCAUCGGAUUCCGACCGGAUCCUCAAACAAUGGCGCAAACACGAUCAGGAUCAGAAAAGUAGCACUGUCACCGCCGAUUCCCCUGGACUCACCCUCGACGAGUUCUUCCGUUUCUUGUUCCUCGAUGAUUUCAAUCACCCCUUGAAAUCCCAGGUACAUCAUGAUAUGAAUGCUCCAUUGUCACAUUAUUUUAUAUAUACUGGGCAUAAUUCCUAUCUGACUGGGAAUCAACUGAGCAGUGACUCUAGUGAUGUGCCAAUUAUAAAGGCUUUGCAACGAGGUGUGCGAGUAAUUGAACUAGAUUUAUGGCCAAAUUCAACUAAAGAUGAUAUCGUUGUAGUUCAUGGAAGGACUCUUACCUCUCCUGUCUCACUCAUCCAAUGUUUGAAGUCCAUAAAAGAGUAUGCUUUUGUCCAAUCUCACUACCCAGUCAUUAUAACUUUAGAAGAUCACCUUACUCCAGAUCUUCAAGCUAAACUUGCAGAGAUGGCAACUCAAAUAUUUGGAGAAUUGCUAUAUUAUCCUCAGACAGAUUCUCUGACAGAAUUCCCCACACCAGAAUCACUGAAAGGUCGAAUUCUAAUAUCGACCAAACCACCAAAAGAAUAUCUUGAAUCUAAGGACAAUGAAAAGGAAUUGGAUGACGAAGGAUCAACAACGCCAGACCUUACUAAUGAACUGGAAACUGAUGACAGGCAGAGUGCACCUGAGUACAAACGCUUGAUAACAAUCCAUGCUGGGAAACCGAAGGGUGAUGUACAGGAUGAAUUAAAAGUUGUUGGUGAUGUUAGGCGCUUAAGCUUGAGCGAACAGGCACUUGAAAAGGCUUCUGACUCUUAUGGAGAUGAUAUUGUUAGGUUUACGCAAAAGAAUAUUCUGAGAGUGUAUCCAAAGGGAACACGCCUCAACUCCUCAAACUACAAGCCACACAUAGGGUGGACGUACGGAGCCCAGAUGGUGGCAUUGAACAUGCAGGGGUAUGGAAAAUCGCUCUGGUUCAUGGAAGGGAUGUUUAGAGCAAAUGGAGGGUGUGGUUAUGUGAAAAAGCCUGAGUUUCUAAUUCAAAAAGGUUCACAUAAUGAGGUUUUUGAUCCUAAAAGAACAUUGCCAGUGAAGAAGAUAUUAACGGUAAAAGUCUAUAUGGGGAACGGUUGGAGCACAGAUUUCAGCCAAACAGACUUUGAUACGUACUCACCACCAGACUUUUAUGCAAAGGUUGGUAUUGUUGGAGUUCCUGGUGAUAUAGGCAAGAAGAAAACAAGGGUAAUUUCAAAUAAUUGGUUUCCCGUCUGGGAUGAAGAGUUUGAAUUCCCUUUGGCUGUUCCGGAGCUGGCUUUGCUUCGUAUAGAAGUUCGAGAUGAUGAUAAGCAUGGAAAGGAUGACUUUUGUGGCCAGACUUGUUUGCCAGUCUCAGAGCUGAAAUCUGGGUUUCGAUCAGUUCCUCUGUAUGAUGAAAAGGGCGAAAAAUUAAAAUCUGUGAAGCUUCUAAUGCGGUUUCAGUUUAGAUGAAUUAUAGGGAUCAGCCAUGAAUAUAUAUGGCGGCGGUUCAAACUGGCCGUGUCGGAGGUGCCACCGGAGAUAAGGGCCCUUUUCAGGCGAUACUCUGAUGAGCACGGAGUCAUGACAGCUUCUCACCUGCGUAGUUUCAUGGUUGAGG